AUGGCACCAGCAUUGUGCGCCAACUGUAAAACUUCUCGAGCGCUCAUAAUACGACCCAAGAACCACCAAAAGCUUUGCAAGGAAUGUUUUAUUGCCGUCUUCGAAGCCGAAAUCCAUCAUACCAUCAUUACAACAUCGCUAUUUUCUCCGGGAGAUAAGAUAGCAAUCGGCGCAUCGGGGGGAAAGGAUUCAACUGUGCUCGCAUCUGUCUUGAAGACACUUAAUGAGAGACAUAACUAUGGGUUGGAGUUGGUUCUGCUGAGCAUAGACGAGGGAAUCAAAGGGUACCGAGAUGACUCUCUUGAAACAGUCAAGCGCAACGCUGUGCAAUAUGAUAUGCCACUGAAAAUAGUUGGAUAUGAUGAGCUUUAUGGAUGGACUAUGGAUCAAGUGGUCGAAGUUAUUGGUAAAAAGGGAAAUUGUACAUAUUGCGGGGUCUUUCGACGGCAAGCGCUGGAUCGAGGGGCGAAAAUGCUAGGCAUCAAGCAUGUUGUUACAGGACAUAACGCAGACGACGUUGCAGAGACCAUAUUGAUGAAUCUGCUAAGAGGCGAUCUUCCUCGACUUGCACGAAGUACCAGCAUCGUCACUGGAGACGCCACCAGCGACGUUCGAAGGAGCAAGCCACUGAAAUACGCUUACGAGAAGGAGAUUGUUCUCUAUGCUCAUCACAAGAAGCUAGAUUAUUUCACUACCGAAUGUUUAUAUAGUCCAGAAGCUUUUCGAGGAAGUGCUAGGAGUUUGAUCAAGAAUCUGGAGAGAGUACGGCCAAGCGCAAUUCUGGAUGUGGUCAGAAGUGGUGAAGACAUGGCAAAGUUGGUGCCAGAGGAGGUUACCGGAAUCAGUCAAUGCAAGAGCCAGAAAGUCUCGUUAUCAAGUGCUGAUGGCGAAGAUGAAGGCGCUGGUGGCUGUGGAAGUGCGAACGGUCGAAGUAGUGGUGGCGAGAUGGCUGCGAUGGAGAAAAAGCUACAGCAAGACGAAACCGCAUCAUCAAGAGAGAUCGAUAUGUCAAACCCAAUAGCCAGUGGGCAAAACCAUGACCGUUUAAUCAAGAAGACGGGCCCUAUCAAGCCCGUGAGAAUAGAAUCCAGCAAGAAGCUGGUGGGGCAGACUCUAGGGACCUGUAAAACAUGCGGCUACAUGUCAAGUCAGGAAAUUUGCAAGGCUUGCACCCUCCUAGAAGGUCUGAAUAAGAACAGGCCUAAAAUGGAAAUAGAGAUAGAUGUCGAGGAAGAGGAAAGUUCUACCCUUCGUCGAAGAAUGGAGGGAGUCGCUCUUGCGGCGGGUUGA